AUGCCUUUCUGUGUGGGCGUACGCGACUCCGUUAUGAUUGCGCACUCCUUUCGAGGUGAAGCUUUCGGGUGCGCCCAGAACCUACACGGUGCAACGUAUACAGUGGAGGCGGAGUUCUUCGCCGAUGCACUCCAGCCAGACACGAACUGGGUCAUCGAUAUCGGGGCAGCGUCCAAGGCGCUAGCCACUGCUCUUGAACCGUAUCAGUGCCGCAACUUGGACGACCUCGAGGAGUUUCGUGGACAGAACACGACCACUGAGUUUAUGGCGCGGCACAUCCAUAGCCGUUUGCGGACGCUCCUCUCGUUCCAGGGCAGACUCCGAGUGACCCUGCACGAGUCGUUCAAAGCGUGGGCCUCCUUCGAGGCCUAG